UCGUUGGCGCCUGCGCAGUCGCGGGGAGGGGGCGUGGCCAGCGUUCCUGAGCCGUCGGGAGUGGACUUGGAGCCGUUCCGCGAAGCCCUGUUGCCGGUGGGGCGGCCUGAUGGCGACGUUUUUCGGUGAGGUGGUGGCGGCGCCAUCCCGGGCCGGGGUGGACGACGAGGAGGAGGCGGCGGCGGAGCGCGAGGAGACGCCCGAGGACCGCGAGAUCCGCCGGGGGCUGGAGAAGAAAAGGGAGGUCCACAUCCUUUGGAGUUCGAAGUUAAGUGCAUCUACUGGAAGCUUUAUAGAUGAGCAGUUUCCUUGCUCUAAGUUUAUAUUGGCGAUUGGACAUAACUCUGUAGCUUUCCUGUCCUCUUUUGUCCUGAAUUCUGGAUGCUGGGAAGCAGUUGGAGCUGUCAAAUUGUGGAAUGAGUGGUGCAGAACAUCAAAUACAACAAGUGUUCUUCCAACAGAUGCUUUCUGUUUGUUCUACAAAUUAAUAUCUGAUCCAACAGUAUUGUUGUGCCAGUGCAAUUGCUAUGUGGCUGAGGAUCAGCAAUUUCAAUGGCUUGAAAAGGUUUUUGGCUGUAUGCGGGAGGAGGAUCUGCAAGUAACCAUUCUUUCGACAUGUCCUGUAACUGAUUAUAAAACUCCUGAAUCCACUUUAACGCUUCCUUCUCCUUUUCUGAAAGCUUUAAAGACAAAAGAAUUCAAAGAGAGAGUCUGUUGUCCACUGCUGGAGCAGCCAAAUAUUGUACAGGGUCUCCCUGCUGCUGUUCUGAGUUAUUGUCAAGUAUGGCAGAUUCCUGCAGUGCUGUAUCAGUGUUACACGGAUGUCAUCAAACUGGACACUGUUACAAUUGAAGCAUUCAAGCCUGUGCUUUCUUCUAAGAACCUGAAGAGUUUAGUCAAGGAUAUGUCCAAAAGCACAGAGAUACUGAAGAAAUUAGUGACAACCAAUGAAAUUCAUAACAACAUCUAUACGUAAAGAUAAAGUGGACAUUUAUCACCAAUCAGGACAUUCAAGUCUGAUGUGUACUUUUGUAACUCCAGUUGCUUAUUUGAAGAUAUUUUGGAAUUAUAGCUGCUUCUUUAAAAGUGGAAUAAAUCCUAACAGGUUUUUUUUA